AUGAGCACUUCAGCCAGUGAAGAAUUGAAAUCUGAAAUUUCAUAUGACGAAGAAGAAUCAUCUGCAAUCGAUGUGAAAAAGAUUUUAGAGAGCCUCAACAUUAGUUAUGAAGAAGAAGAGGAGGAAAAAUCAGAAAUAUUAAAUAUUCAAGAUACGUUAAAUACGGAAAAUCAAAAAAAUUCAAAUGCUGAAGUCAAAAAACAAGAAAAACCACACGAAAAAACAUAUUUUGCUCACAGAUAUGAAACAGGAAUAACUAAGACUCCAAAAAGGCGAAAAUUCAAGCCAAUAAAACCAAGAAAUGAAUCACAAAGUUUAUCAGCACCGAAUUCUCCAAAUCCUCGUAGGCUAAGCAUUCAUGAAAAACCGAGUUUACCACCUAAACAAGAUCCUGUACAACAUGAGAAUCACAACUAUGCUGUUAUUUCAAACGAAUCAUUCAUGAGGCUUAAUAAAGGCUAUAAAUCUAACAUUAGACCAAAAAGAUUCAGUGUUGAUGACUACAUUCCAGAGCCACCACUCAGAAUUGUCGAGAAAAUACCUAAAUGCUAUAGAGAUACAGAGGAAAGAUACGAAAGAAAUGGUCAGGAAACAAGAAAUCGGUAUGCACCAGAAGUUCCAACAAUUGAUUCAUAUCUUCAGAAGGAUUUCAAGCCAUCUUAUCAUACUAAAGCUGAAAAAAUUAAAGAAGAAUAUACCCGUCAAAAGAUUCUCAAGCAACAACGUGCUGAGAUGGUUGAAAAACUCAAUCAAGAUAUGAGAAAAGCAUCAAUGGAAGAAGCAAAAAUGAAGAUGAAAAAUAGACCAUCAAGGCCAAGGCCUAUUGACAAUCCUGAAAAGAAACUAAGAGAUUUAAGAACAAAUAUGAGAAAUAAUUACGAAUCUUAUAUGAACUUUGUAAAUGGAAUGAAGGAUAAUAUCAGCAAGCGUCAAUGUUUGCUUGAACGCCUUGAAAACCAAUUCAUGGCAAAUCAACAAAUCUCUGAUGAUGAAGAGUAA